CCUUUGCUUCAGUUCUUUCAUAGAUCACAUAUAACAUAUAAGAGUCAUUCAUCUGAGUGGAAAUCUCAGAGCAGUUGCAUAGGCAGAAAAAAGGACUUGUUCAUUAUAAAGGAUUAAAAUGUAUAGGCCAGCACGAGUGACAUCAGCCUCAAGAUCCCUGAAUCCAUACAUAGUGUUUUUUGUCGUUGUCGCAGUGGUGGUGAUCCUGGCAGUGAUCAUAGGUCUACUUGUCUACUUUUUAGCUUUUGAUCAAAAAUCUUCCUUUUACCAAAGCAGCAUUCAAAUCCUGAAUGUUCAAUAUAGUGAUGAGUUAAGUUCACCAGCUACAGAGAAAUAUAGGACUUUGAGUGGAAAUAUUGAAUCUAUGAUUACUAGAACAUUCAAAGUGUCAGAUUUAAAAAAUCAGUUCGUCAAAGCUCAUGUUGUCAAACUGAGGCAAAGCGGCAAUGGCGUGAUAGCAGAUAUUAUCAUGAAAUUUAAAUUCACCAGGAGAAACAAUGAAGCAUCAAUGAAAAGCAGAAUCGAGUCUAUUUUACAGCAAAUGACAAAUAACUCUGAAGACGUGACAAUGAAUCCAACUCAGUUAAUAUCAUUAACUGGCCACGAUACAGUACAAUUGUUCACUCGAGAAUGUGGGGUCCGCUCAGACCUGAUAACAUUGUCUGGGGAGAGAAUCAUGGGAGGCACUAAAGCUGAGGAAGGAGACUGGCCAUGGCAAGUCAGUCUACAGUGGAGCAGUUCUCACCGCUGCGGAGGAGCCUUGAUCAGUAAUACGUGGAUCCUGUCAGCAGCUCACUGCUUCAGAAGCUACUCUGAUCCUCGUCAAUGGAUUGCCACCUUUGGUACUUCCACAACAUCUCCUCAACAGAGAGUAGCAGUAAGGAGCAUUUUAAUCCAUGACAAUUAUAAUCCUGAAACUCAUGAAAACGAUAUUGCACUUGUACAACUUGAUAAAGAAGUCACCUUUAACCGAUAUAUUCAUACAGUGUGUCUCCCAGAGGCGAACCAGGCCAUUUCUACUGGUUCCACUGCUUAUGUAACAGGAUGGGGAUCUCAGAGUUAUAGCGGCAGCACAGUUACAAAUCUACAACAAGCACGGGUCAAUAUAAUAAGUAAUUAUUUAUGUAAUGCACCAGCUGGUUAUAAUGGAGCUGUCCUGUCUGGAAUGCUAUGUGCUGGAGUACCUGAAGGUGGAGUGGACGCAUGCCAGGGUGACUCUGGUGGCCCUCUAGUACAAGAAGACUCACGGCAACACUGGUUCAUCGUGGGGAUAGUAAGCUGGGGGUAUCAGUGUGGUCUGCCAGAUAAGCCAGGAGUGUACACUCGAGUGCCAGCCUACCGUCACUGGAUAACCCAAAAAACUGGGAUCUAGUGCAAUAAAUACAUCUCGGUUCAAGCGUCUGAAUGCAGACAUGCCUGUCUAAAUUUCUAAAACUUUCCAGCUGUAAAAGAAACUAAGUGUCCUAUUUUAACAUUGUUACAUAAAUAUGUUUCACACUAUUUAAUCUUUCUCUGUUACUAUGGGUUUAUAUUUUCUCAAGAAAAUUACAUGAAUGUUGCAUAGUACUGGGGCUAUGUGCCAGGGGAAACAUAGUAAACUAGUUACAGAGGUAACAAUUAUGCUAUACUUGUGAUAACCUAAGUACUACUAGUGAGAAAAGCAGGUACCUGGACAGUGGAAACUAGAGGCAACUGCACAAGUCUCCAGGGUCAGAGGAGUUUCCUCUAAGGAAGUCUCAUCAAAGCUGAGAAAGGGGCAAAAUAUAGAAACGUGCAAAGGAAAAACUUGUAGAUAACAUUCAGGACAGACCACCAUGAGGCAAUAAAAAUACUAGUUUUUAAAAUUUCUGGUUACUUAAUAUUUUAUAUGAGGUGUGAGUCCUAAAAGUUAUGUAUGAAGUCACUGUAGAAUCAUAUAGCAAUCUUAAUUAUCUUGUAGGAACAUGCUCCCAAGAGAACUAACCAAUGAAUUUCAGGCACUUAACAAUCCAAACUAGAAUAUUCACUCCUCAUCAGAGAACCAAAGAAUUGUAAUUUUCAUAACUAUUGUUUAAAAUACCUUCAUCUAUGUGAAUGAGAGAAUUUGUCUCCUCCAUAGAGGAACUGAGUAAAUAUACCUACACAACAUUCUCAGGUAACUUACAACUGUGUACAUACACGUUGCUUUUUAACAACUAAAUAUGAGUAACUUUAAGAUCUAAAGAUCACCAGUGGCAUUUAUUUUUGAAAGUUUAGGGAUCCUUUGUAGCUAAACUCAAGUAAUGAAUUGAAAGCCAUGAGGGAAAAAAUAAGGGAAAAAAUUUUUACUUUGCAAAAAAGUAAAAUUAAAAAGGGUAAAUAGCUUUAUUUCAAUACAAGUAUUUUAGUGAAGAAACUCUUCUCU